CCGCCGGCGGGGUGGGGUUUGCGCCGGGACAGGCGAGCGGGAGAGUCCCGUUAGAAGCAGUGCGGAGAGCCUCAACAGCGCAGGACGAGCAGUCAGCUGUGUCCAGGACGCCGGGAAGAUGCCGAAAACGAUCAGUGUACGUGUUACCACCAUGGAUGCUGAGCUGGAAUUUGCCAUCCAGCCCAACACUACAGGCAAGCAGCUCUUUGAUCAGGUCGUCAAGACUAUUGGUCUCAGAGAAGUCUGGUUCUUUGGACUCCAGUAUCAAGACACAAAGGGAUUCUCAACUUGGCUCAAAUUAAAUAAAAAGGUAACAGCACAGGAUGUACGCAAGGAAAGCCCUCUUCUUUUCAAAUUCCGAGCCAAGUUCUACCCAGAAGAUGUGGCAGAAGAGCUGAUCCAGGACAUCACACAGCGCCUAUUCUUCCUUCAAGUGAAGGAGGCAAUUCUGAAUGAUGACAUUUAUUGUCCUCCAGAAACAGCUGUCCUCCUGGCUUCCUAUGCUGUCCAGUCAAAGUAUGGAGACUUCAAUAAAGAGGUGCACAAGUCUGGUUACCUUGCUAGUGACAAACUGCUCCCACAGAGAGUUCUGGAGCAGCACAAGCUUAACAAGGACCAGUGGGAGGAGAGGAUCCAGGUGUGGCAUGAGGAACAUCGAGGAAUGAUUAGAGAAGAUGCUGUCUUGGAGUACCUGAAAAUUGCACAGGAUUUGGAAAUGUAUGGUGUGAACUACUUCAGCAUUAAGAACAAAAAGGGCUCUGAACUCUGGCUAGGCGUAGAUGCUCUUGGACUCAACAUUUAUGAGCAGAAUGACAGGCUAACACCAAAAAUUGGAUUCCCUUGGAGUGAAAUCAGAAACAUCUCUUUCAAUGACAAGAAGUUUGUAAUAAAGCCCAUUGACAAGAAGGCACCAGACUUUGUAUUCUAUGCCCCUCGGUUACGGAUUAACAAACGGAUCUUGGCACUUUGUAUGGGAAACCAUGAGCUCUACAUGCGCAGACGUAAACCAGAUACCAUUGAGGUGCAGCAGAUGAAAGCGCAGGCUCGGGAAGAAAAGCAUCAGAAACAGAUGGAGAGAGCCCUGCUGGAGAAUGAGAAGAAGAAGAGGGAAUUGGCAGAAAAAGAGAAAGAGAAGAUUGAACGUGAGAAGGAGGAGCUGAUGGAAAAACUUAAGCAAAUUGAGGAGCAAACCAAGAAAGCUCAGCAAGAACUGGAAGAACAGACCCGCAGAGCCAUGGAGCUGGAACAGGAGAGAAAACGAGCUCAGGAGGAGGCAGAAAAACUGGCUAAAGAACGUAGAGAUGCAGAAGAGGCAAAGGAGGCCCUGCUGAAAGCAUCCCAUGAUCAACAAAAGACACAGGAACAGCUGGCUGCUGAAAUGGCAGAACUCACAGCUAGGAUCACGCAGCUGGAAUUGGCCAGGCAGAAGAAAGAGAGCGAGGCCCAGGAGUGGCAGCAGAAGGCACAAAUGGUGCAGGAGGACCUAGAAAAGACCAAAGAGGAGUUGAAGACUGCCAUGAGCACUCCUCAUGUCACUGAGCCGAUGCACUCUGAGAAUGAGCAUGAUGAUGAGCAGGAUGAAAAUGCAGCAGAAGCCAGUGCUGAGCUUCGAUCAGAGGCCACCAUCAAGGACCGCAAUGAGGAGAAACGCAUUACUGAAGCAGAGAAGAAUGAGCGUGUACAGAAACACUUGAAGGCUCUUUCCUCAGAGUUGGCAAAUGCUCGGGAUGAAACCAAGAAGACGGCCAAUGAUAUGAUCCAUGCUGAGAACAUGCGACUGGGCCGAGACAAGUACAAGACCCUCCGUCAAAUUCGGCAGGGCAACACCAAGCAGCGCAUUGAUGAAUUUGAGUCCAUGUAAACUCUCCCCUGCACUUGCUGCUCUGCAGUCCCUUCUCCCUUCUUUCUCAUCCUCUCCCAUUAUUCACUUGUAAUCGUGCUGCACUGGAACCACUACAGAAGAGCGAUCAUGGUCUUAUUUAUAGAGUUUUUGGUAAAUGCUGGAGUUCGGCAACUGAAGAAAGAAUGACAUUUGCCUGUUCCUGGGGUAGCUUGGGAAAGCAAAUUUGUAUUAGGGCAAAUCUGAAAUUCUAUGUCUUUGGGUAAAGUCUUACUGCAUUUGGUUUGUUUUGCUUACUGAAAUGGCUAUAUAGCUGUUGUCUCCCAUUGAGUAGGGAGGCCAGCAGAUACUUUCACUGAACUAUAUGAAGUGCUAACAGUUUAACAUUGUGCCUUCCUACUAACUUGCACAAGCUUCAGUAUUAAGCUUCGAGGCCAGGAUCUACAUUUCUGACAUCACUAAGGGUCUGAAUCAUGUAGUUGAGAUGGAGAACCUGGGAAGAAGGGUUGGAGGUAGAAUGUGGACUUUCUAAAAGGCCAAAGCUUUUGUCCUUCAAAUGUAAGCAGACCAAACAGAAUCUGUGGCAUUCCUGCUGAUGUUACCUUUUAUUCUUUAAAGAUGAAACAUGAAAUUUCCUAAUCACAUGGAAGCCUCUGAAAUAUCUUCAUUGAUGUGGGUUAUAUUGGAGCCUUGACUUCCAGGCUUUCCAGAAUAAGUUCUCCUCUGGGUACAUGACUUUGUUUGCUGUCAUUUUGUCUAACUUGAAUAUAACUAGUGAGGCAGAGAUAGCUAGAGAACAUUGCCUUUCAUCUUGAGGUCACCACUAAAAAUGGUAAGGGGUAAGCAGAAAUGUAAACAACUGAAAACUCCUGUAACCGUAUUUCUUUUGCAUUUCAAGUCAGGUGGGGUGAUUUCAAUUUUUUCCAUGAGGCCUUUUUAGCAUGUAAUCAUUGGUGCCUUAUGACUAUACAGACUUAGCUCAGUCUUUGUCUAAAAUAGAUACGUUCAUAAACGGUGAUAAACAGCUGAGGACCAAAACUGUUUUGUAUCUGGAUCAUAUAGAAACAAAGCUGCAGCUGAGUCUUCCUGGCUUCCAGCAGCAUUUGAGGGGAGAGGGUCAUGAGAUUUGUCUAAUUUUGUUGCCUUAAUCUUCAGUAACAUUUUGCCAGAUUCCUGGCUCAAGCGUGUGUGUGUUUUUCUCCAGAAGGAUGCUUUGCCCCUUUGUAGUUUCUUGUUCAGAGGGUUCCAUUUCUUAAAAGCAGGACGCGGGUGGCUGUGUCAAUUGUUGUAAUCACUUCCUAUCCAUUCCUACUCAUGCUGCAGCUACCCAGAGUUGUCCUUGUCAUUUCUGGGGAGGGAACAGCCAUGUUUGCUCAGGGUUGAAUUUAGUGUUUUUUGCCUUGAUCCUUCAUAGAAGGAAGGAAAUGUAGACCUUUAGAAGAGGCCUCUUAACAAUGGAUUCCCUCUACAAUGGUGUCCUCAUUUGCUUUGUCCUCCUUGGAAUGACUUGUUCCUAAAGGAAGCCAUUGGGCUAGCCUAUGAUUCUUUAUUUUUAUUUUUCCUAAUGUGAUUCUAAAUCUUAGUUUUGUGGAUGCUCUCUUUGUCUGUAUGGUAUCACUGCUCCUGGUGAUUCACAUCUGACUGCUAAACUAUUUUCAGCUACUAUUAUUAUAAGCAAAGGAAGAGUGUGCCAAAAAAAGAAAUGUCCACAUCAGUGUUAACAAACUGCAGUAUUUCCUCAGCAAUUCCUUGGGCUGCUGAAGCAACCUCACCAGUGUUAUGGUUUUUUUGGGAGCAAUACAAGUCUACAUGUAAAUCCAUGCAAACAACAAUCAACCAAACCACAGUUAGAAGUUUAGUGUGUUACUUUGAACAUCCAGAGCCCCCUUUACCCUCCUGGACAGAACAUGGGAAUGCAGGAAGCUUUUGGCUGACCAAAACCACAUGCUUCAGUGCUUUGAAAGUCGUAAAUGAAAGACUGCAGUUAAGCUUGUCAGAACUGAUUUACAUGUUUCUGUACUGAAGGGUUGUUGGCACUGACUCUAUGUGAGCUUCAUUACUGGUGGAGCAGACAACCAUUACACUUCUCUUCUGGUGCUUUAAAGCUGGUUCUCAGCACUUCUGCUCUGUCCAUGGCAACUACUGGUGUAUUUGCAGGGAAAUAAAGCCCUUAUUACAUUAAAACAGUUUCCUAACAAUCUGAUCUAUAUUGCCUGAAACAUGUGUUCAUAUAAUAAAGCAAUGAAUCUUUGUGCUUUGA